AUGCGAGAUACAACACCAGAUUCAAUCCUUCGACUCAACAUAGGAGGUAGCAGCUAUAGGAUUCGAACAAAAUCGAUUACAAAGUUCGGACCAAAGACGUUAUUGGGUCGAUUCGUUCGAAUGAAUCACGAGCAUCGACGGCAAUGGGCAGAUUGGUAUUUCGAAGAUCAAGAAGAGUACUUCUUUGAGAGAGUUCCAAGGUCGAUUCGUUCGAAUGAAUCACGAGCACCGACGGCAAUGGGCAGAUUGGUAUUUCGAAGAUCAAGAAGAAGAGUUCCGAGGUAUUUCGAUCCAAUCUAUGACUUUUAUGCUACGGGAAAACUUCAUGUGCCUAAGGAUCUUUGCUUUGACAAAUUUAUGGCUGAACUGCGAUUUUGGGCAGUCAGUAAAUCACGAAUGGAUGAGUGCUGCUCGCCUUUCACACAGUAUUGUGUGAAUUAUGAUAAGCGUGGCUCAGUGAGUAGUUAA